AUGUUUAUGAUUGAAAUCUCGUUAAAGCUCUUCGCUGUCGGACCAAAACAUUUUUGCACACACUGGAUUGAAGUUGUGGACACUAUUGUCACGGUGAUCAGUCUGGUGGCCGAUUCGCUGGUGAUUGCUGAUCAUGUGGUCCACUUUGGGAGCCAUGGGGAUCAGAAUUCGGGUUCACUGGACGCGUUUGGAGCGGCAGCUGGUCUGUUGAUUGUUUUCCGAAUGUGGCGAAUUGUUCGAAUCUUGAACGCGACAAUCGUCACCAUGUCAACCGGUAUAUCUAACAAAAUCAAAAAGAUGAAAAUGAAGGAAAUCUAUCUUCAACGUCGAAUCUUCCAACUGGAACGGAGGCUCACAAAACAUCAUAUACCUCUUCCCGAGGAACUGGACGAACUAGACGACUCGGAUGGCUCGCAUCAUCGACUACACUUGCACUUUCAUCGGAAACAUCCUCACCAUCUCCAAUCAGAAGGAGAUUCGACUGACAAUCAUGACCCUGGAUAA